AUGCUUGCAAGGGCAUUAAUCGUGGUUGCAUCCACGUUUUCCCUCUUGCUCUCGUUAAUCUCAGUUGACGCACAAGAUCAUGUAGUCAAAAACCACUUUCGACGUAAAGCUGAUAAAAGUACUUCUUCAACUUCCUCGCCGCAAAGGCGAUCAACCCUUACCGGGACCUUGCUGGCGAACGGCAAUGAUGAUCAUGGAAACGAGAGCUUUUUGCAUGGAACCCUAAACGGUGUGCCUCCUUACAACCCCUGUGGUCCCUCUGACGGCCCAAUCCCACCCUCGGCACCGGGCGAUGCACCAUUUACUCAAGGUCGUUUUGCUUACGAAAAAAAAAUCAGCUGCCCGCAUGGAAUCAGGAAUAGUCCAAAAGGGAUUCUCUUGAUGGUUCCUUGCACAACUUGCGAUGCUGCCCAAACUUAUACUAAGAGUCCAUUUGGUAUCGGUCUACCUCAAGCUGGGUUCGACCUCUGCUACGUGGAUCUUCCAUGGCGUUCCUUGGGGGACAUUCAGCUCAGCGCCGAGUUUAUAGCCUAUGCUAUCUUGUAUCUUGCCCAAAGGUCACCAGCGACUGGAUAUAGAAUCAGUUUAUUCAGUUACAGUCAAGGUGGAUAUAAUGCGCAAUGGGCUUUAACAUUUUUCCGUUCUGCUCGUCAAAAGGUGUUCAACUCCGUGGCUAUGGCCGCGGUGUUCAAAGGAACAACGUUCACUGCGGUAGGAUGUGUGCCCUCAGCUUUGAUGGGCGGCUGUGAAAAGUCCCUCUUACAGAUGAGUCCAAACAGUAAAGCGAUUCGCGCUCUUACCUGUGGUAGGGACAGAGAAAGUGGAGCCUUUGCUCAUGUGCCAACCACCUCCAUCUUCACCGCACAAGAUGACCUUGUCGUUCCUCAGAGCGAUAGCCCGUCGGGGGUGUCUUUCCUUGCGGGUGCAUCAAACAUGCUUAUUCAAAAAGUGUGCCCUGGCACGGUCGUUGACCAUUUUGGCCUACCUGUAAAUAUGGUAGCUUAUGGUAUAGCAUUCGAUGCCUUUACAAAUGGUAGACCUUCCACUCCGGCCACGUUUGAUCGUCGUUUCUGUGGCCAUUAUCUCAAUGACCUCUUGGCUUUUGCUGGGGGCAUCCCAAAUUACGUGGAACUUCUUAUGCGAGCGCUGGUCAACCCUCAAGCUCGAGUUGGUAUGCUUCUUAAGGAGGUUACCACAUUAACUACUACUGGAGAGCCGAAAUUACAACAAUAUGUCUGUGAUCGUGGCUAUGCACCUCAGCAAGAUUGCACCGUUGGAUUUUGCGGUCCCGAGCAGCGACAGGAUCUAGUAACUGGACUCCUAGGGGACACUGCCUUGGGAGGCGCCAUCGCCAAGCACGGAAAUCCAUGGGGACCCUUGCUUGGUACUGCGGCCGGACCAUUGCAAGGGGGACCAUUGCAAGGGCUCACCCAUCUCCUCGGAUGA